UUUUUCUCCUCGACGCAGCUGACGAUGUAAACAAGAGAAGACGGUCGAGGGCAGCGGGGAUCGAACAGGCCACCGUCACCGCAGAGCAUCGCCGCCCACCCCCCGGGCCGCCGAACAUGGGGCUCCCUGUCACCAUCAAAGUCAACUUCCGGGGGAACGUGAAGAGAUUCCUGGCGCAGGACCUGGACAAGCUGGAGUGGGAGUCCGUGGAAGCCUGGAUCAAAGCGUCGUUCGGGAUCAACCACUUCCAGGUGAAGUACUUCGAUGAGGACAACGAGGAGAUCUGCAUCAACAGUCAAGAUGAAUAUGAAGAAGCCAUCAAGAGUGCAGAGAAGCAGGGAAACCAGUUGCACAUGAACGUGUACAAAAUGAAAGGGCAGGCCUGCGGAGGCCCUCUGAAGACGGAGGUGAAGGAGCUGAAAGGAGACCUCCGACCCGCUCCCCCUUACCCCUCCAGGGUCAAGACUGUGGACAAGGGCACGCAGGUCACCCCCGAGCGAGAAGCUCUGCAGGUCCCAGUAAAGGACAACAAGGGGAACAAACCAGAAGAUGAACCCCCUCCCAUGUGGUUUAGAGCUUACAUGGAAAAGUUUAAGGAUGAAGUGGUGAAAGAGGUCGUUGAAAGGAUGUGCAGUGACUUUUCUGGCCAGUGCUGCACCCACAAAUCCUCUGAUGGGCCCCCUGAGCCCAGCGGGGCCAGUGGUGGACCCAUAGGCCCCAGGCCGGGCCCCUCCACCUCAAGCGGGUCACUUGGCUACACCCCGAACUGCAGUAGCUGCACCAAACUCACCUCUGAAGGGGCGUACAAGUGCAGUGUGUGUCCGUCCUGCAUCCUGUGUGAGAUGUGCCGACAUGGCCAUGACCCCAGCCACAACCUCGUGAGAACCAAGACACCUCUCUCCAUCCCCGAGCACGGGAUGUAUGGAGAGUUAAGGUUCCCACGGCGAGGAGACAGGACAGUGCGCAAGGCCGAGCGACAGCGCCUCAAAGCAGAAAGGAGGCAGCUAAGAGCAGAAGUGAAGGAAAUCAAGAAGAAACUGAGACUGGAGAAGAGGGUGCCGCAGUGGAGCGGGCCCUCUACCUCAGGCAGAGUCAACCUGGCAAACAUGGCCUCUGCAUCCACCCAGGUCCCAGCCCUGCCCCCCCCUGCUGACUCAGAAACAGCCUCAGGUCCAGCCCCAGCCCAAGGUCCCAUCCCCGCCCCGGUCCCCGACCCCCAGGCCUCCAGUCCAGAGGGUCCCGGGGUCUCGCAAGCAACUUUGGUGCCCACUAUGGCUGCCUUGUUUCUGGAUGAAAAUCUGCCUGACGGCACCCGUCUGGAGCCUGGUACCAAGUUCAUCAAGUACUGGAAGAUGAGGAACUCGGGCACUAUCAGCUGGACCUCAGAGACUAAGCUAGUGUUCAUGUGGGGAAACCUCGGCCUGGCGUCAGAGAAGAAGAGGGAGGUGCCGGUCCCCUUGCUGCUCCCCGGACAGAUGGGGGUGGUCAGCGUGGCCUUUGUCGCUCCGGUGAUGGAGGGGACGUACACCUCCCACUGGCGGCUGGCGCACUGCGGGUGUCAGUUCGGCCCACGCGUGUGGUGCAGCAUCGUGGUCGACCCCGGGAACAGCCGCAACACACCCGGACACCAGAGCAAAAUACUGAAGGAGGAGGUGAGGACGGUGGAGAGGGAGAGGGAGCUGAGGUGUGAGGAGCUCCAUCACGAGGAUUUCUACUUCCCCUCAGUCGACCUGCUGACUGCACAGGAUCUUCUCUCAUUUGAGUUGUUGGAUAUAAAUAUAGUUCAAGAGUUGGAGAAAGUUCCUAAUAACACCCCUGUUGAUCUGACGCCCUGUAUAUCCCCUCUGCCUCAUGAGCCUCCACUUCUGGAGAAGGCCAUAACUUCACCAAUAAAGGAAGACACAGAGGUCACAGGGGUCAGAACACUUUUUGGAGUGAAACUGAGGCAGCCGAGGGAGAUGUUGGAGCUUGUGACCCAGGAGGAGGAGGAGAAGGAGGAGAUCAGCGGAGCCCAGUUCCUCUGUGAGACCGUCAUCCGCUCACUCACCUUGGAGGAAGCCCCGGACCACAGACCCCUACGCCGGCUUCAUCAGAGGAACCACAAACCACAGAUUGUUUCACGAGGUCCAAGCUUUUGCGUUGAGCGAGCAGCGGAGGCCGAGAAGCUGGAGAAGCCUCAAGAAGGAAACGUGGAUCUCGGUGCUCUGAGACUUGAGAGUUCAGAUCUGCCUCCGGACACAGGCCUCAACCCGAUCAGCCAAGAAGAGGAGACGAGGCCGGUUCUUCUCCUGGAACCAGUGACUGAAAACCUGCACACCAGUUCACGUCGUGAUCUCGAGGAUGAAGAAGUCCUGGUUUUGGACGAGAUGCAGAUCAUGAAGGUCACUCAAGAGGAGAAAGACGAGGGGGCAGCCAAAGGAGACGACUGGGAUGAGGUCAGCAGCCAGAGCUCCUCAGUCUCCUCCUGUGACGACUACAUCAUCGUCCUCCCAGACUGCUUUGACACCAGCCGUCCUCUGGGGGAGUCCAUGUACAGUUCCGCCAUGUCGCAGCCUGACAUCGCUGCGGCUGCUGCUGCUGCUGAAGAUGAUGAUGAUGAUGAUGAUGAUGAGACCACAGCCGCUCCAGAUGUUCAGCAGCUGAAAGACGAGGACGAGCCUGACUGCGAGCCGGGCAGGACGGCGCCGCAGAGCACGAAGGAGGAGGAGUCAGAGGCGGUCGUGGCUGAGGAUUUGUCGGUGGAAGUCUGGCUUCCUCCCGUCCCUCUGAUCCACAGCAGCAUAAACCAGAUGCUGUGUGCGUCUCAGACUCUGGACGCUGUGACUCUCACCCCGGAGGUGGUGCCACCGCCGACUCUGGUCGACUCCCUGCUGUCCCCGCCGGCUCUCUACUCACCCAGGUCUGAGGCUCUGUACCUGGCCGAGGACCCGAGUCCUCCAGCCUGUGACCCAUACGAGCCGCGCCAGCCCAGGGUCCACCUGAACGUGUCGUCCGGUCUGUCCCGAUCAGCAGGCUCCGCCUCCAGUGCCUUCGAGACGUACAACCCCAGACCCAGCAACGCACUGCAGCCGAGGGGCCAAGGAGGCAUCACUGAGGGACUUGUCAAGGGGGCCCUCUCUGUGGCAGCGUCUGCUUAUAAGGCUCUCUUCACUGGACCAAACUGCCCAAUACAGCGGGGCAUCGACCCGGCCACCAGGCAGGACCCCUCCCUGAUGGCCAUGCUGCUGGAGAUGGGCUUCAGAGACCAUCGGCUCAACCAGCGGCUGCUGAGGAAGCACGGCUACAGCCUGCUGCACACCGUCAACGAGCUGGUGCAGAUGGCCGAGGAGCGGCAGAACGAAGCCGUCGAGGCUCGGCACUGA